GCCAUCAUCUCUCCCUCUUUUCUGGCAGCUAGCAGCACAGAAGCAGUGCUAAAGCACGCAGGAAAUGGACAAAAAACAACUUAUUCCCCAUUGAUGAUAGGUUUACAGCCGGCGAAGCAGUGCUCAAGUUGAGGUUUUUGCUGCCUGAAGCCCAGUCGGAAUAGUUUUACUGCUUAUCCAGCAUAAGGAGUACAGAUGGUAUCUGCCGGACUGAGCAUUGCGUUUGGAUUUCUACUUUUUCUUUUCUCUAACAGGUGUGUCAGUUAGAAGUUCUUUUGUGACAUCCUUGAGGAAAUGAGGAUGUUGUCUUUGCAGUUACUCUGAGAACAGCAUUUUGAUGCGGGAGGCUCGAUGGCCAAAUGUAGAGCCGUGGUGGCUGAGGAGAAGCAGUUUAUAGGCACCAUGUCGGCCACUCAGGGGAUGAGCCAUCAAGGUGUCUACAACUACUUCCUCAACAUGGUGGCCUAUCAGAUAUGCUGCUGCUGUGGCCCGGCUCCAUGCUCCCUCUGUUGUGCCUUCUGUCCUCCCGUGAAAUCAUCCACCAGCACACGGGGCAUGUACACCCUGUUCCAUAUCAUGAGCUGUGCAGUGUCCUGUCUCAUGCUGUCCCGCACUGUGUCAGAGCUCGUCAGGGAAAAUGUGCCUUUCUUCAACAUGGUGUGUGACCAGGUCCACGGCGGGGGGCACUGUGAGAUGCUGGUGGGCUACUCAGCGGUCUACAGGGUCUGUUUUGGCACGGCAUGCUUCUACCUGAUGAUGGCCAUCUUCCUUAUAGAUGUGAAAUCCAGUCAGGACUUCAGAGCGCUUAUACACAAUGGGUUCUGGUUUGUGAAGUUCAUCACCCUGCUGGGAAUGUGCACCGCUGCCUUCUUCAUUCCUACAGAGUCUUUCCUGCACGCUUGGCAUUAUGUUGGUGUGGUGGGAGGAUUUGCCUUCAUUCUCAUCCAACUCAUCCUCAUCACAGCUUUUGCACACACUUGGAACAAGAACUGGCUGACAGGUGCAGCUGAGAACAAGCGCUGGUACUUGGCGGUGACGUGUGCCACCCUCUUCUUCUACACCAUCGCCAUCAUGACCUUUACCUUCAUGUACAAGUACUACACCCACCCCAUCGCCUGCCACUUCAACAAGGCCCUGCUGUGGAUUAACCUGGGACUGUGCGGCAUCAUGUCCUUCAUCGCCGUCACUCCCUGCGUGAAGCAGAAACAGCCCCGGUCGGGCCUCCUCCAGGCCUCCAUCAUCAGCUGCUAUGUCAUGUACCUCACUUUCUCAGCGCUGUCCAGCCGGCCGCCAGAGAGAGUGGUCUAUCAGGGCAGGAACAUGACAGUGUGUUACCCCACUGUGACGCAAGAUGGCAUCAAGAAUGAGGGUAACGCUGUCGCCAUCAUCGGAGCUGCCAUCAUGUAUUGCUGCGUUCUGUUUGCAUGUAAUGAAGCUUCCUACCUGGCAGAGGUGUUUGGACCCUUUUGGAUGAUAAAAGUUUACCGCUAUGAAUUCCAGAAAGCGACCUGCUGCUUCUGCUGUCCCGAGGAAGAGGAAGGUGAAGAGGAGUUUGUGGUUGACGAAGACGACAAAGGCUGUCAGAAGGUUAUCCACAACGAGAACCUGAGAGUGGCUUACAGCUACUUCUUCUUCCAUUUUGUCUUCUUCUUGGCUUCCCUGUACGUCAUGAUGACCCUCACCAACUGGUUCAGUUAUGAGUCAGCAGUGCUGGAGACGACAUUCACCCACGGCAGCUGGUCCACAUUCUGGGUGAAGAUGACGUCCUGUUGGGCCUGUGUCAUCCUGUACCUUUGGCUGCUGCUUGGACCCCUGUGCAGCUGUCAGGCUGAAUCCAGACCUCGCCGCUCACGCAUCAAACGCCGCCCAGCGUCCUCCCGUCAUGUCACUGUCAGCGUCUGACCCUUUGUGUCAUAGGCCAGGCAGGAGGGAGGCUCACCGAGCACCACAUGGACAUGAGGUCAGAUGACUCUGAGCUUCCCUGCUGUUCCCCACAGGAGACGGGAGGUCGUCAGAGUCACAAGUCAAAGAGUCAGUGCUGUGAGAGUGACAGCACUGAGAGAAUGUCCUGAUGACAAUUGAAGAACUCAAUGAUGUCAUAGGCUGACAUCAUAGGCCACUAACAAGGACAAGUGUGGUUUGGAGACUUAUUUGCAGACUAAAUUGCCAAAAGGAUUAGGAUUAGGUGUUAAAUUGGUGCAUUUUGUACAUAUGUGAGGGACAAGGGACAGCUGUCUCCUGUGCAUAGGUAGCUGUGCACAGUGGUGGAAUGAACAGACAACCGGCUGUACCCCGGGAGAAUGCACAGCUGUGUGCGCUCUGUGCGUACAGUUGUUUGUGUGUGUGUUCACUGGCAGAACGCACACGUGGCAUGCACAGAUGUGCAUGCAUCAUCCCACAUAGACCCCGGCACAUCACUGACUGUAAUUAUGAUGAAUUGUUGCAACACAUUUAUUCUUAAAGAAAUAAACCGUUAAAAUCUUUAAAUAUACCCGAUGUUUAUGAUAAAUUAUUUUUCUUUAUUCUGUGUAUGAGGAGGCU